UAGCCCCUGGGUGCUGGGGAGGGGACGGUCCCUGCCCCGGGGGGCUCCCGUGGCUGGGGGGACGCGCCUGCCCAGACAGCUCUGUGGCGUCCCGGGGAUUGUCUGUAAAUCGGAUUUGUCCGAGCGGGCGUGGGGUGAGAUCAGGGACAGGAGCUGGACCGGUGAUCCUGUGGGUCAAUCCAGCGGAGGACGUUCUGUGAGCAGAACGGCACAGCCCCUCGUUUGGGCGCUGGGGGACCCCUGGGGCCAGAGGAUAAGGGACCAAGGGAGAGGGGAGUGAAGGACGAGCAGCGGGGCUGAGCUGAGAGCUGGGGCUGAGCUGGCGCGCAGCCCGGCGGCAGCUCGAUAAACCACCUGUCCUGACUUGCCCGACGCGGUCCAGCAAGAUGUUACAGGUGCCGCUGCCCCUGGACCGAGACGGGAUCCUGUUCCGGCUCCGUUUCACCACGCUGGCCCUCGGGACUGUGUUCUGCCCGCUCUUUGGUUUCCUCUUCUGCGUGAUCUGGUCUCUGCUGUUCCAUUUCCAGGAGACGACGGCGACUCACUGCGGGGUCCCGAACUACCUCCCCUCCAUCAGCGCGGCCAUCGGGGGCGAGACCCCCCAGCGCUACGUCUGGCGUCUCUGCAUCGGCCUCCACUCCGCCCCCCGCUUCCUGGUGGCCAUCGCCUACUGGAACCACUACCAGAGCUGCCACUGCUCCCACCCGCGCUACCUGCGCCUCUGCCACUGCAACCUGCUGCUCAGCCUGCUCGAGAACUUCGCCCUCCUCGUCCUCACCUACGUCUCCUCUUCCGAAAACUAUGCAAUCCACGAGAAUGCCUUCAUCGUGUUUAUCACGUCGGCGCUGGGCCACAUGCUCCUGACGUGCGUCCUCUGGAGAAUGACUAAGAAACACACAGUAAGUCCCGAGGAGCGCAAGUCGUACAAGUGGAAGCAGCUGCUCUUCUUCUUCACCUUCAUCACCUUCGCUUUUGCCGUGUGUGUUUACUUCCACCACAACUGGUACUGCGGCCCCGGAGUGUACACCGUCUUCGCCUUCCUGGAGUACCUGGUGGUCCUCUCCAACAUGGCCUUCCACAUGACUGCCUUCUGGGACUUCGGCAACAAGGAGCUGGUGGUGAGCUCGCUGCUGGAGGACAAGCACUUCUAGGCGGCCACACUGCCGGGGGGCUGCUCCUCUGGGGGGAGCAGAGACCCCCUCCCUGUCCCACUGCCCCCAGGGCCGGGGUGUUUGCCAUGGAGCUGCUGCAAGGAUCCCCGGGGCCCUGGGCCCACAGGUGUCUGCGUGGUCCCUGGCUGUGCCUGGAGCUCUUACAGAGGGGCUGGGGGCUCUCACUGGGGACCCUCAGGGCCGGUGCCCCCGCCCUGGCUCCCUGAUGACUGCGGGAUGGGCAGGAGCGCAGAGGAGGGGGCAGGUUCCUGCUGCCCGGUUGUGCGGAGGAUGCUCCCGGCAGAGCGGGGUGCUGCUCCCGGCAGAGCGGGGCACUGCUCCUGGCAGAACAGGGUGCUGCUCCCGGCGGAGCGGGGCGCUGCUCCCAGCAGAGUGGGGUGCUGCUCCUGGCAGAACAGGGUGCUGCUCCUGGCAGAGCGGGGUGCUGGUCCUGGCAGAACAGGGUGCUGCUCCUGGCAGAGCGGGGUGCUGGUCCUGGCGGAGCUGGGUGCUGCUCCCGUGGCGCGGGGACCAGCCUCGCCCCGAGGUGCAGAAAUGACUUUACAAGCUGUGAGGUUGUAGAGAAGGUGUGUUUAUUCAGCGCUGGGCACACACGGGGUAAUUCCUCCAAGGUGUGGCGGAUCCCCAGCAGCUGUACAGCCCUGCCCCUGCUCCCCCUGGCUGCUCUCACGGUUCCCCCGCCAGGCUGGGAGCCCUUGGGCAAGCUCCCCCAAAGGGCUGGUGGCCUUUCGGGCCUGGACGCUGAAGGCAGCCUGGGGAGCAGCAGCGCUCGCGGCCCCUGCGCCUCUCUGGCUGAACCCCAAAGCGGCGCAGCCGCCCCUUUGUCUUUGGGGGCCCAGCGAUGCUACUGCUGACCUGGAACAAGGGUGUGGGGGGUGACCCCCAUCUGCCGGGGCGCGGGGGCUGGCGUGGCAGCAGUGCGGGGUGCUGGCAGCGUCCCCAGGCCGGGCUCUGAGAGAGCUGGGGCUGCUCGGGCUUGGCCACGGCCCAGGAGGGACCAGCCACGUCCUGCGCCGGGAGGGACGGCGGAGCCGGUGCGGUGCCGGAGAGGCGGCGCGGGGCUCGCUCCUGCCCGCUCGCUGCCAGAGCAACGGGCAGGGGCUGCGGGCGGAGGGAGCCGAGCCUGGCAGCACCGGGGCCCGUCUUGACUUUGGGGGGCUCUGUGCUUGCCCGGGCUCACCGUACUCACUGCAAGGACCAACACGGGUCCCUGCGACUGCCCUUCGUGCGAAUGCAGCUGCCACAACGGUCCCCAGGAUGUCCCCGUGCUUGUCCCUGCAUUCCCAGGGCUCGGGCAGAGCCUCCCGCACCGUGAGCUGUGUCCUGGCUGAGCCGGGGCCGCGCCGGCCAUUGCGAGUGUCCUGCCGUGCCGUGUCCAUCCGUGAGCGUCCCCCCCGCGCCGUGCCGGGCUCCAUCCAGCCCCGCCUGCCUGCGUGUGCGUGCUGCCCGCUGCGGCCGCGGCGCCUCGGCUUUGAGGUUGAAAUAAAGCACUGAGUAUUUUUGUGA